GGGAAGCGUUUUUCAUAUCGUGUGACUCGGGGCGGAGCUAGGGCACGUUUUCCAAGCAGGUAGAUUAUGCUUCAGGUGGGGGGAAGCCGAGCCCUGUGGAGUCUCACCACAGCAACAAUACGCAAACCCCAUGAGACUGUCACCGAGAUGACUAGGAACAAGACCAGCGCAUUUGGCCACUCGCGUUAGACUUUUUGGUGGCCUUUUUAAAAAUCUGAUUGUUUACUUAUUUCGCCUGCUUGUUUUGAGCUGACAAAGGACUUACUUGUUGCAUAUUAAAUUUCAGUGGCAGUAAGGAGAUAUAAACAAUGGAGACUAACUCAGAAAACCUUCGACCGGCGGCUCCGCAGAGUGGACGGUCUAAGGGUAAACUUGCCACUAGGCUGGAGGAGGUAAAGAACCCGUGGCGAACCACCUCAAAACUGGAGUUUAGUCACAACGAAGCAGCCAGAUUGGCCACAGACGCUUUGCUGGAGUCGGGAGAAAAGGACUACAAAAAAGUUCUGAACGAGGAGAAAGAACUGAGCUUCCUCUCCCAGCUUGAAAUUCGCUACAUUAUAGAGAAUGCCAAUAAGAACUCUCCACCAGAGAGCAGCAGCAACGGCAAUGACAAGGACUUUGGGGACACUGUAUCCGAGAUGACUUCGGGCACAUAUUUUCCGAUGAUGUCUGACGAGGAGCCCCCAAUACUGGAGCUGGGCUGGCCAGACCCUCCCCACCGCUUCGGACCCUCGGAGACACAGAUAUACUUCCAGAGGGACAAGUCUCAAAACAUUAAAGACCUCAUACGCUCUCUGAUAAGCAAGGCCAAAAAAGUGAUUGCUUUGGUGAUGGACAUCUUUACGGACGUCGAUCUCUUUUGUGACCUCAUGGAAGCGUCGAGCAAGAGGAAAGUCCCCGUCUAUAUUCUGCUGGACGAGAAGAACCUGGACUAUUUUCUAGACAUGUGCAACAGCAUGGAGAUCGACAACACUCAUCUGAUUAACAUGCGAAUCCGUAGUGUGUGCGGGGACACGUACUGCACCAAGAACGGCAAGAAGUUCACGGGGCAGGUCCAGGAGAAGUUUAUGAUCAUCGACUGCGAGGAGGUGCUGGCCGGCUCCUACAGCUUCACCUGGCUGUCGGCGCAGAUCCACAGCAACAUGCUGCUGCACUUCUCGGGCCGCAUCACCGAAAGCUUCGACCGCGAGUUCCGCUGCCUGUACGCCGACUCCGAGGUCGUGGAAAACUUCUACAACCCGGACGACGACGACGACCACCAGCAUCCCCCCAACUACCCCAACUACUCCAACGCCAUCGCCAACGCCGCCAACAUCGGCCUGGACUUCAUGCGCGACAGGAUGCAGCCGAUGCAGCAGCAGCAGCCGUCCGAGCACUCCAGCACCGCCUCCAGCAGCAGCCUGUCCAGCAUCAAGGCCGCCCCCUGCAAGCCGGCCGCCGCCACCGUCUACAAGGUCACCCAGGAGAAGAAGGAGGUCACCAGCGGUGGAGGAGGAGGAGGAGCCCAAGGGCAGAAGAGUGCGCUGGACAGGGGGCGUGUCGUUGCUGGUGUUGGUGGUGUUGGUGUUGGUGUUGGUGUUGGGGGACUCAAUGGCAACGGCGGCAGCCCGGCGUCCUCCACCCCGGGUGGGGUCCUGCUGCGCGGCUCCCCCAACAGCUCCAACCAGGGUCACCUGCCGGCCGAGCGGCAGAGCCACAUGUCCAGUAGUCACCACCUGCCCGGACACCUGCAGGACCGCGUGGGCUACGGUGCCGCCAUGGCGGGCAUGGACUGGGGGGCGGGGGUUGGGGCGGGCGCGGGGGCCAGGGCGGGCACCCCGGAGUUCCUGCGCGCCAACCUGGGCGGGCCCAUCAGCAAGUUCCAGGCCCUGGGCAUAUACGACCACAGGAACUACUUUGGCGCCAAGGGUCCGCCCGUGGGCGUGGGGGGCGUGGGUGCGGGGGUGCUGCCCUCGGACAUGACCUACGGGGGCGCUAGAGUUCCCACCACGACGGCGGCAGCAGCAGUAGCGGCAGCGGCUCUUCCCAUGGACAGCAAGUACGGCACCAAGCCCAGCGGCCCCACCACCAUCCUCAACAAGCUCACGGACUUCUUCUCGCCACCCACCAAAGACAAGGACCCCUACUCCUACCACAGGUCCCCCACCCACAGCACGGCGUACGGGGGACAGGAGUUGGAGAGCAGACACGCCGCGCUACAGGCCCCGGCCCCGGCCCCGGCCCCGAAAGAGAACUUCGGCAACGACCUGUGGCUGAGCAGGAAGGACGAGAAACGCAUGACGCUGGGCCACAGCAAACUGGACCUCGUCAACCAGUACAACAAGAAGACCAAGCCCGUGUACAGUCGCUUUGAGUUAAAAAGCAACAACUGAGUGCUGCGGCUGCAUACUAGUACUGUUGUACGUACGUUUUCAUGUUUGUUUUUCGUCAGGACAAGCCCCAAAGAGGAAAGCACUGCACUGCACUGCACUGCACUCUUUUUUAUUUGUCAGUGUCAGAGUCUGUGUGCUUUCAGAGGGCUGUGUGUGGUGAAGUGAAGUGGGGAGUGUGUUUCUAUGGGUCUUUGUCCUCGCAGCUGGUGAAAGGGCGUCGACAGAUGGAGGACCACACAGCGUCGCGUCACGUUGCGGCGUAGCGUACCGUAGCGUAGCGUACAUGGCCCAGGUUGUCAUGGCCGCCUGGAGCUGUUUCAAAGCCCUUUUUAUUGAGCCUUUCAUGUUCACAGAUGACAGGCUGACAGGAGAUUUUUUUAAAAUGAAUUUCCUCUUUUUUUGUGAAAGAAGUGCCUGUUUGUAUACUGUACAAAAAAACCUACUAAUGCAACUUUUCAUUCAACACGAACACAUCAUUUUUUAUUUCUGGAAAAUAGUAAAUUACUUCGUCAGGGUCAACAUCGCAAAUCUUCCACUUCUGGACUACAGGACAUGGCUGUUGCCUUACAAAGGGGAUGUCUUAUCCUUAUCGGAAAUGGACUGUUCUGUUUUGCAGUAUUUAUUUAUUUUUUUAAAACAAAGAAAAACACAAUACAGGACUGUUCUCCAGCAGGCCAUCUGGUUUUUGAACACUCCAAUGAUACUGUCCAAAGAGCACCAGGAUGCUGAAUGAAAGAGUGUGAACUCUUUUCUUUGUUUUGUACAGGAUGCCAUUGAUGGGAAGCUCACCUUUUCUGCACUACUCAGUGUUAUGGUUGUACGGUGGCUUUGAAUGCAACACCCUUCUCACCCACACUCACCACACUCACCUGUCACGUCUUCCCACAGACCUAGUAGUGUUAUUUUUAGACAUACUGUGAUAAACUUGUCGAUAAAGGAGACAGACAAGUGCAUGAAGAUGGCAGUGGCUGUGAUGUUUUGUACUGUAACGUAUAGGAUUGCAUUCGAGAGAGAGAGAGAGAGAGAUAAGAGGGGGGGAAUUUGCAAUCAAGGAAUUGGGCAAGGAAGAGCCUACAGUAUCCAUUUUCAAUGGCAAGUGAGAUGCCAAAUGCCUAGAUUGGGUUCCAGACCUCCUUAACGCUGGUGUCUGUUGAGAACUGUUCCUUGUAAAUACUUUUUUUUCAAAAGUUUGUUUUAGGGGCUGUUGUGCCUUUAAUUGUGGACAGGAAAGUGAAGAUGAUGACAGGAAGAGAGUGGGAGAGCUAGAGAGAUGGAGAGAGAGAGAGAGAGAUGGGGGUAAGCCCGGGACAUGCCUCAGGCUGGCUUUAAACCUGAGUCCCUGUGGGCAUAUUAGACCUUUUCUGGUAUGUAUGCUGCAUUAGUGCAAUGCACCACUGCAACCCCAACCCCCCUCCUUUGUAAAUAUGGAGAUAGGCUCGCAUAGUAUCUUUCUUAAUGUGAUUUUUUUUUACAGCAGUACUGCUGUGGAGGGCAACCACAGUCAGAGCCAGCUGCCCACUAAGUUGUGUACAGGCACAGGUGGUGGUAGCAUGGGAAUUCCCCCCCCCCCCCCCCCCCUUACAUUCACAACACAACAGUAUCAACCCUCAUGUGUUUAUUAAAUCAAAAUAGUGAGUCAGGUUUAUUAUUAACACCCGGGCGGGCGGGCGGGCGGGCGGGAAGUUGUCUAUUCUGGACCUUGGAAAGCAGCAUAGCUCAUGAUGAAGAGAAGGAGACUCAGACACGGACACACAACACAACACAACACAAAUAAGCCAUUUACAUCCGUUUGCCAUCAAAUGUUGUACAACUCUGUUUAUUAUUUUAUAUGGACACUGUGUGAGUUUUGAAUAUGUAUACACCUUGUAUAAUGAACCUACGACUACUGUAUAAUAUUUGUCUGUAAAAAACAGUAAGGUGUAUUAUAUUGCGGGGGGUUGAAUGAAUUCAACCGAAUGGACAUUUUUUUUAAAGAGCACAGAUAUGCGUCUCAUAACAAUUG